AUGUUUGGCACUCACCUUCGUACCGGUAGCGCUGGCACACCAUCCACUCCUCGCCAAGGAUCCUCUUCAUUUCAUCAACAAUUAGUAAAAACACCAUCGGAUCAACAACAAACCUCCUCUUCCGAUUCAUCUACAACAACCAAUGCUGUACCCACAACCAAUCUUGAAGGGAUCAAUGAAAAGAAUCUCAAUGAUUAUCAACAAAUUCUUCAAAUUUUGCUCGCAGCAGGUUAUUUCAGAGUGAGAAUUUCAGCUCUUACACCUUUUGAUAAAAUCCUUGGAGGUCUCUGUUGGUGUAUUAGUAAUUCCUACAAUGCCGAUGCUGAUGUCGAAAUGUUGAGUUAUGAAGAAGAGGCUAACAUUGGUAAAAAGAUUAAAUUAUCAGAAAAAGUGGUGUUAGCCUUGAGAAGAAUGGGAUGUCCUCAAGAAUUGUCUCCUGUCCAAAUUCAAGGUUUAGAUUGUCCUUUUAUAUUGAAAGUAUUUUCAUGGCUUGUACAAAAGGUUUUUGAAUCAAGAGUUGAGAACAAGGAGAGAAUUCAAAGAUACUCUGAAUUACAAUUCUCUAGAAGAUAUGAAUUACCACAAGAUCAACAAGAUAUGGAACAAUAUAAUCAAGCAUUACCAUAUCUGGAUAGCAUCCGAGGUGUCUAUCAUCCAAAGAGAAAAUUUAAACAUCAACAGAGAAAUGUACUUAAAAGCGAAUGGGGGCAUGUUCAAACUGUAUUAUUAGAAUAUGGAAUUGAAUUCAAAAAAAUUGAAAGAUCUCAACAAGAAAAAGAAGACAAAUCAAAAUUAGAAAGACAAUUGAGAGCUCAAAAACAAGCAUCACGAACAGAGUCUAUGGAUGCUUCUCAGCUCAAUAACCAAAAUUUAGCUGAAUUAGAUUUAGAUGAAGAAGCAAGAGAAAAGAAAAUUCAAGAAUUGAAAAAAUUAGUCGAGCAAAAUGAAAACUUUUAUAACAACAUUUCUGCCUCUGGUGCCUCUAAUUUAAUUAAUUUGGGAGCUGUAGAUAUUAUCAAACUUAAAGAAGAGUAUGAUGAAAAGACUAGAGAUUUUAUGGGACAACAAGAGAAUUUGCAGAGCGAACAAAUGUUGCACAAGAGACAAGUGGCGCAACUCACCAAACAAAUUGAAAAUCAAAAAGUCAUCUACAUGAAAGCCAAAGAAGAAUUCAAUGCAGUCAAACAAGAAUAUGAAAAAGUCUCUGAAACUCUCUCUAAAUUUAAGGAAUACAAUGAACAGGUUCAAAACAAAAUCACAGAGUUACAAAAUCAAGUUCAAAAUCAAGAUGUUGAUCAAGCCAUUCUCUCUAAAUUAGAAACACUCAUUGCUCUCAAUGAAGCAUUUAAAAAACAAGAAGCUGAUUUCAAAACAAAUUGUCAAUUACAAUUACAAGAACUCAAAAAUUCUAUUGCUCAAUUAGAAUCAUCAUUUAAUGACAGUAACGAUCCAAUUGUUCAAUUAUCUCAAGCCUAUGCCAAUGACACUGAAAAGAUGAAAAAGAUUAGAAAGUUAGCUGCAAAGAGAAAUAGAGAGUUAGCCAUUGUUCAAUCCAAAAUUGAUGAAAUUCCAUCUAGAACUGAGUUAUCGCAAUAUGAAAGAAGAUUUACAGAAUUAUAUGCUCAAAUAUCGACCAAAUUAGAUGAAACCAAGAAAUACUUUGUGAGUUACAAUACACUCUCAGGAACAUGUACAUUUUUGGAACAAGAAUUAUCCUUAUUGAAUUCUAUUGCUGAUUUCUUUCAAAAAGCAGUUCAAUCUCAAGAUAAGAAAUACAAAGCAUGGAUGAUCAAUACAGUGAGUGAUCGAGCUGAGAAAGUCAAACAAACCAAAACACAAAUGGAUACAAAAUUAAAAGAAACUGAAAAGAAGAGAGAUGAUUUACAGAACAAGUACAAUGAAUUGGUUUCUAAACAACGAAAUUACUUUAGAGCAGUGAAAGAAUUCCAAAAUGAAAUGUUAAAGAAUGAUGAAUUGAAUAAGAGAUUGAAAAUGAUGCAAUAA